UUUUUCUUGUUCUCUAAAAUUUCGGAUGAUAUUGCAGCAUGCAAUUGCAGUCAUUUGUCAAAUCGGUGUUAUUUUGACCAGGCGCUUUUCGAACUGACCGGAAGUGGCGGUCACUGCAUUGAUUGUGCCGGUAACACGCAGUUACUUCGUGAAACCGUCAUUCUGGGAUUUCAGGGAGCGCACUGCGAAGAGUGUGCGGCGAAUAAUUGGCGUCGACCUGGGGAGCACUACUGUAUCCCAUGCCAGUGUAACGAAAUCGGCUCUCUGAGUUUGCAGUGCGAUGAGCAUGGCCAGUGCCCGUGCAAACCAGGCGUUGAUGGACAGUUUUGUGACCACUGCAAAAAUGGAUAUUACGAAUUCUCGAACAGUGGAUGCAAGUAA